GGCGAUAUGUAAAUUAGGAGCAGCAAUGGCCGCUGCUCCCGCGGGACACGUGUCGAGCAGCGGGACACGAAGUGAGCCUGGUGAUUUCUAUGGAGUCAGCAGAGAGCUGGAUUCGGAUCUACCCUGCACCCUGAGGGGCUUCUUGGCGACUUCGAAUUCCCCGCUCACCCGAUCUGGAGAAGCAGAAUCUGCUUGGGCAGACUGACCUAGAGGACGCCAUCCAUUGGGGCCACAGUGUAACGGCAGCUGCAGCACGCUAGCACAGCCAAGUCCUUGAACUUCCAAGGAGGGAUCCGCAGCAGGAAGAGGCUGUGGAACCUUGGACACUUCUGCCUGUCUACUUGGCUCUGGCCCAGAAUUCUUUGCGUCCUGUGCACCUCUGAGCUGAUCGCUGCCUCGCGCUACAUCACUAGCUGGUAGAAAGAGGGCACGAUGGCUGUGGUGCUGUUAGAGGAUUGGUGCAAGGGGAUGGAUCUGGACCCCAGGAAGGCCCUGCUGAUUGUGGGCAUCCCUGUGGAGUGCAGUGAGACUGAAAUCAGGGAGACGGUACAGGCGGGUCUGUACCCCCUAAGUGCAUACAAGGUAGUAGGCAGGAUGUUCAGAAGGGAGGACAACGCUAAGGCCGUCUUCCUUGAGCUGGCUGAUGUGGUUAACUACACCACGAUACCCAGUUGUAUACCUGGAAAAGGGGGUUCCUGGGAAGUGGUGGUCAAACCCCGUAACCCAGAUGAGGAGUUUCUCAAUAGGCUGAAAUACUUCCUGAAAGAUGAGGGCCGGAAAAUUGGAGAUGUGGCUAGGACCCUUACCAUGGAGGACAUGGAUAUAAGAAGUGUGGACCCAUUCAAGCCAAUAGUUUUGCAGCCUCUGAAAGAAAGCUUGUGGUACCAGAAACUUAAAGUGUUUUCGGGAAAUCCUUUCCCAGGAGUAGGCGAGGAGACGUUUGAGAACUGGCUGGAGCAGGUCAGUGAGAUGAUGCAGGUGUGGCAGGUGUCAGAGAUAGAGAAGCGGAGGCGCCUGCUAGAGAGCCUGUGUGGCCCGGCGCUGUCCAUCAUUAGGGUGCUCCAGGCCAACAACGACUCCAUCACUGUGGAGCAGUGCCUGGACGCCCUCAAGGAGAUCUAUGGCAGUAAAGAGGACUAUAAAACAGAGCACUUCAGGCUUCUUCAGACUUGUCAGAGGGUGGAUGAAGCGGUGUCUGCAUUCUUGCUGCGCAUAGAGCCCCUGCUGCAGAAAGUGGUGCGGCAACGCCCAUUUUCCACACAGAGCACAGACAUGGUUCGCCUCAAGCAUAUUCUAGCUCGGGCUUCCAUGAGUGCCACCCUCCGAGGCAAGCUAGAGGUCUUAGAUCAGCGAGAGUGCCCACCCACCUUGCUGGAGUUAGUAAAGCUCAUUCGAGAUGAAGAGGCGUGGGAGAACUCCAUGAAAAUUAUGAAGGCAAAGCCGAAGCGAGGGGGGAGGAGCCACAGAGCUGUGGGCAGGCAGGAGAAUGCACAGGUCUGGGCCCCUGUGGCUCAGGGCCCUCCGCCCGCAGAGUUGGUUAUCUUUACAGAAAGCAGUGUUCAGACUGAGCAGAAAGGGGUACCAUCACCAAAGAAGUGCAAGCUGUUGCCGUGUGUCCAGGGCCCAGAGGAAGAAAAUCACAGCCAGGCAACAUGGGUGUGGGCUGAAAAUGGGGCUGUGACAGAGGAAUCGGGAAACGGGAGAGGGGCUGGGGCUAUGAGCCACCCCACGCCCUAGGAAGCACAGGCUCAGCAGAUCCAGCCUCUCCUUACCCUGGCUCACAGCACACAUGUCUUACCCAGGGCGGAGAGGAGCUCAGCCAAGUAGCAGGAGACCUCAGAGGGACAGAGGAGCAGGGCAGCCAGCGCCUGCCCCAGCCCAUUCACCCUCUGCCAGCUGGGAGGGCCUCCCCCACCCAAGAACGAACUGUGCCCAGCUUGGGAAGGGCCGGGCACAGAUACAAUCAGGGAGCUGCCAGGCCCAGUGCCCAGGAAGUAGCAGAGUCCAGUACCCUCUGGGGUGUGGACUCCAUCAAGGAGGAGGCUGAUGAUAGUGAGGUUGGGAGCUCUGGCCAGGCUUUCUCCUUGGUCACCUGGCCACCUCCAGAUGCCCACCCUCUGCAGUCUGAGCAAGGGGCAUCCACUGGCCCUGAGGAUAUGUGGGGCAAAGAGGGUUCCAUCCUAGGGCCACCCUCACCAGAAGAAGCCAGCACCAGUGAGUCAGAGGCCAGAGGCAGAAGAGAUAUGAGGAUCAAGAGUGGAAGCCUCAGGGUGCAGCCGAUCUUCAGAAUGAGGGAGAGACAGUGGGUGCGGAAUAGCUUUUUGCAGGCAUAAGGAGGUGUGGAGAGGGGGGUGGGGGUUUUGUUCAAGUGUGCCAGCUGCCUGGCUCUCCCAGUAGGGGGGACCACCCCAUCACCCCUCCAUUUCUUGUUCCUGUCCCUGGUGCAGACCGUUUUCUGUCCCGGGAAGUUCACUCCUAUCUACAGGCUCCACCGUGACCCAUGGUUCAGGCGAACGCCCAUCCCCACCCUAGCCGCGGUUCUUGUGCAAAGCUGGGAGGUGUGUGUGUCAAACCCCGGCAGAGGUCCCGGCUCACCUCGCCCACCCAGCUGGCCACCUCCAGGCCUGGGCACAUGCCCUGAGCUUCCUUCUGUGCCAGCCAAGGCUCUGGCCGCUCCUGCCCAGUGUGGGGAGCUCAAUCUCUGCUUUCUAUGGGUGGAUCUGGGCCAGCUGCCUGCCGCUUGUUCUCGUGGAGUUGUGUGUGUUGUUAUCUGAACAGUUCCUGCCAGGAGAUCCCAAGACCCAUCCCAGGAGAAGAGAAGAGUGGACAACGACGGAGUCGCCCUGGGACUUGGACUGUGACGGUGAUUGGGACUACAACUUUGGACAGGAUGAACUGGACCAGGGGUGGAGGGAGACCGGGGACUGCUUUGAUGUUCUACUUCUGUUGUCACUAGUGACUCAGUUUCCUCGGCGUGGUGGGCUGCUCCCUGCUGUGCUUUCCAGUGUCCCGGGUGUGUCCUGUGCUGGCCAUGGGGCAGAGCCACCCGGAAGUUGUUCCUGCAGUGAGCGGGCAUCGCCGGGCACCAUCAUCCUGGCGAGAGGCAGCUCUGAGGCCUCAGGAGGGGAGAUCUUGGCAGUGGGGGCAGAUGAGGCACCUGAGCAGGAGGGCGGGGGCUCCAGGGCCUGUGGCCCCUCACGGCCCUCAGGAGGUCCUGUC